AUGAAUACUAUACCAUCACGGCGUAUGGGGUUGACGAUAGAUAGACUGUUAUCACAAGCUAUACGAAGUGCAGGACGACGGUUUUAUUCAGAACGGCAUUCGAACCUAGGGCAUAUUACAACGUAUUUAACCACAGAUGGAGUACCAAACCUUUUACAAAGACCAUUGUUGAACGAGUACCUGGAUGCACACAUUACAUUGAGGUUACUACCAACGACGCAUCCAUAUAUUCCAGUUUUACAGGGUCAGGGCAAGUACAGGGCAUCAAUGAAUGCCAUUAGACUGUUGGCGACUAAGUUUGUACUUCAGGACAAGGCAAAAUUAAAGAUUGAUAAAGUCAUCACUCUACUUCGGGAGGAAAAAACCAAUUACAAUUGUAUUACUUCGAAUGAUAAGCUGGUUAUCAAGUGGCAGAGUUGUAAUGAAAGUGAUGGAAGUGAUAAAAGUGUAGAUAGCAGUGGAAAAGACGUUGAAUUGGGACAGGUUCGCAACGUUGGGGAAGUGGAUACAUCAUCCCCCGUUUUUAACCACAUUCUAAAUCCAACAAAAAAUAAAUUGACAAGUGAGAUUGAUUAUACGCGGCAACCGCCACGAUUCGUACGCGGUAUAUUUAUCUUUGAAUUUAACGAAGAUAAUUCCAGGAUUCUUGUACAUACGAUCGACAGUGUCGAAAUGGUGGAUUUCGACAAAAGGAUACAGACAGAUGCUCUAGCAUCUGUAUAA